AUGUGUAGUGUGGCCAAGAGUUUUAUAUUGAUAAUCAUCGGUAGAGUGAUCACUGGUUUCGCAUCGGGAAUAUGUUGUGGAGUGGCGCCCACUUAUUGCAUACAGAUAUCCACACCGAAAAUCCGGGGCCUUUUGGGUACAGGAUUUCAAAUCUUUGUCACCAUCGGCAUCGUAUACGUGGAUCUGUUUGGUCUGGCGCUGGGCUGGCGCUGGCUGUGUAUCAUCGGACUAAUUCCGGCGGUGAUAAUGUCGAUCGGGAUGAUAUUCAUGCCGGAAUCACCAAGUUGGCUCAUGAAUAAAUACGGCCGAUCGUCGCAAGUGGUGUCGGCGCUGCGACGGCUGCGGACAGACGACUCGGACAUCGAGGGCGAGCUGAAGGAACUGCAGGACAGGGCCGAGAAGUCGAAGGCCGAGUCGUCCGGCUUCUCGAUGGCGGCGUUUAAACGGCCCGAUGUCUACAAACCCUUCAUUAUAGCCAAUGUACUCAUGUUUUGUCAACAAUUUUCCGGCAUUAAUGCCGUACUAUUCAACAUGAACUCCAUCUUCGAGGCGUCGGGCUCUUCCAUGGAUCCAAUGGUGGCCACGUGUAUAGUCAACUCGGCUAUGGUCGCCGCCACCAUCAGCGGCGGCCUAAUCAUCGACCGCUUGGGCCGUAAGAUCCUAUUGAUAGCGUCGGGUGUGGGCCAUGUGGUCACUCUGGGAGUGCUCGGCUACUACUACUACGCGGACUCGGCGGGCAUGGGUUGGCUGCCGGUGGUGUGUCUGGUGGUGUUCGUCGUGUCGUUCAGUAUCGGCUUCGGACCCAUACCGUGGAUGAUAGUGGCGGAGAUCACGCCCGGGUUCGCGAUGGGAGUGGUGAGCGCGUGCGGCACAGCCUUCAACUGGUUGUGCGCCUUCAUUGUGACCAAACAGUUUGAGGCCAUCCAGAAGGGGCUCAAUAAGUACGGAGCGUUUUGGAUGUUCGCCGGCAUAUCGGCCGGUAGUGUACUCUUUACGGUGCUCUUCGUGCCGGAGACCAAAGGCCGGUCACUGGAAGAGAUGCAGAGGAUCUUCAGGGGCGAGAAAGUGGGCGUCGAUGUCGGCCCACACGACAUGUCUGGCGAGAAGAAAGAGAAAUAUAGUAUUAAUAAAGAUGUGACCACUGUUUAGGUGGUGGUAGGGGUCGCCCACUACUAGGUUACCGCAUUUUAUUAUGUAUAGCGAUGAGGG